AUGCCACCUGAGGUGCCACCUUUGGCAAGCCCACACAGCCAGUGGCGAACACUCGAAGGCCAGGUGUGGGAGGCUGUCCAGAACCCAGAUCUGUUGGGAGCAACUUCCGAGGUGGUUGGCCACCUUCUUGAUCAGGUUGAGCAGGGCAGCUUAGGUUGGUGGCUGUGCCAGGAGAUCUUGGCCCUCCAACGUUCUUUUGACUUGACUUUGCUCUUGCUUGUUGCUCGAGGCUUUGAAGUUUUGUGCAAAUCGCAGCCACAGGGGCACAGGCAAAUGCGAGUCACAUCUUGCAACAUUACUUCUUGGAGACCAGAAGUCAAGCAAUGGUUUUCAGCUCAAGGGGAUGUUAUCUUGAUUCAGGAGCACCAUCUUUUGGAGUCCCAAGUUGUUGCUGAAAUCUCGUCUAUGGCUGCCAUGGGCUUCGACUCCUUCCUUUUGCCCGCAGCCCCUGGGGAAGGCCGACGGAAUAGCUCUAGAGGCGGAGUUGGGGUUUUAGUUAGAGCCCACCUGGGAGCCCGUUUGCGAGGUCAGUAUACUAACCAAGGUUGUGGCUACGUGGCGGUGACGCUACGCACACAAGGGGCUGACUUGACAGUAGUUAGCCUGUACCUCCAGUCUUCCUCCGGCUUCGGGUCCCCGGUCAACUCUGACAUCCUUGCAUCUCUGCGCGCAAUUCGUCAAUCUGUGAGGGGCCCAAUCCUGAUAGGUGGAGACUGGAACUCGCCUUUGAAGGAUUUGUUGGACACUGCCAUUUUUCAAAGUUUGUCCCUGGAACCAAUUGGGCCCAACAAAGCCACCUGUGGUGACAAUGAGCUUGAUUUUCUGGCUGUAUCACACUGCCUGGAAGGUUUGCUCCGGGUUGAUGCCUCCUGGGAUGUUCCUUUCAAGCCACAUGCAGCAAUCCAAGUUGCCCUCAAUGUGGGCGCUUUCCAGCUCACCACUCCACAGCUUCCCUCCUUUGUGCUUUCCUUUAGGGAAGAACCGCUUGAUUACAUACAGGUUGAGGAGACCCUCGCCUCUUUGCCGGAUACCACCUUUUCGGCUGACCCCCUGAGCAAUCGACUGGCUUCCAUUUCCAGUUCGGUUGAGCACAGUCUUUUGCAAUCGUCCCAGGGUAUCGGUCGCCAGCUCCAAGUUGAAUUCCUCCCAGCUGUUCCUCGCAUGUCCCAGUUCGCAUGGGAAGGUUCUUGCCAGGCUUUUUGGCACCGGGUACAAUUUCUGUGCCAGGGAGACCACCCCAAACGUCGAGAGCAAUGCCAGGAGUAUUUGCCGCAGAUCCUGGACCACUGGCAGGGCAACUCGGAGGAGGCUGUUUCUUUUCUUUCUACGCUCCAGGCCUGUCUCUCGGAGCAGGCUGCUGUUCCCGAGCCCGUCCAGCAAUUAUUGCAGGAGCAAUUUCUGCUGGCCUCUAAAGUUCACCAGGAUGCCCAGACCAAGUCGUACAGGUCGUCCGCGCCCUGGCUAGAACCAAACUAUGGCUCCGCACUUGGAAAGGCGUACUUAGAGUUGAGGACCUUCCUCCUCUUCCACACGCAGAGCAACAGGCUCGCGGAAAGCUACGGGAACUGGCUGCUCAGCAGGACCGGACGGCUGGAGCAAGUCCCUUCUCAAGAAAUUGACUUGGCCAAUGCUUCAGGAUAUCGCUGA